AGUUGUACCGCCGAAGGAUAGCGACUUCAGAAGUUGUCCUGUCCUGAGAAUUACACCGUCAAAUUAAAUACUCUUCGCUAUUUUUUUUUUGGUCGUUAAUUUUCGUAAUCAAAUACUAAUUUAAAAUAAUAAUAAUUUACUUGAUAAACGAAUCCAGUUUCUAAACCACGGUCAUCAUAAUAUACCUAAGUCAAAGAGGUUAGUUUGAGGAAAGAAUUUUAAAAGCAAUGCACCCCACUGGAAGGAAGCAGACAAGCAAGACGAGCAAGGGUGCCCCACAAGAACUGAACGACGUUCAUGUGUACCGGUUUAAUGAAAAUAAGACUACGGGUCUUAGCGGAUUUGAGGUUUGGGAUGAGGAAACGCCAGUAGUAGAGAAACACGGAAAGAAAAAAACAGUGAUAAUGCCAAUUCAUGAUGUAGAUGAUGACGAGGAAAUUAAUACGGGGUAAAUGAUAUUGGCAGUUUUAACAAGAACAGUGUGUUUUGUUGUGUUGUAUUGUUGUUGGGAGAAACGCAUAGAGCAUUAUUUGACAUGCACUUAGUUUCUAUGAUGAAAUGUAGAAUAUUUGUCAUAUUUUUCAGGGGUGAUGUGCACAAUAUGCUUGAGAAGUUUGGAGGCAAGUAUUUUAUGCUGAUGUAGUACUGUCCUUAUAUUUUUUUAAACUUUUGAAUCGGGACGUUUUUGUUGAAGGCAUUUAAAGAAACAUACUGCAAGAGCAAAGUUUGCAUCAGAACUGUCAUCACGUGAUCAAAAAGAACUAAAGGACAGUCUGGUAUAGUACAUGUAGUUGGGUUUAAAGAACUGACAGGUACUUUGUGUGCAGCUGAGUCACAUUCCACUGCUGUUAGUCAGUUGUAAUUCACAUUUUUGAUCAACUGUGAAUUCAUGUUUUUUUUUUUUUUUUUUUUUUUUUUAUGGGCGGAGCGUGGGUUACAGAGGUUAACUACCUACAGUAAUGCAAUGCUGUUAUUCAUAAUUUAAGCCAUCAAUGCCAUUGCAUCCUGCAGAGAUUUACAGUUUCCAGUCCUGCUUACAUGCUGUCAGUUCAAGAUUUGAACUCGUGUAUGAUAUGGAAGUAGCCUUCCCAUGGAGGACAAAAAUCUCUGACAUUAGCAAGGCUAUGCAAGCAAAGAAGAAACGUCUAGAGAUGUACACCAAGACCUCUCUAAAAACCAUCAAUCAAAAGCUUGAGCAGAUGUGGAAAACACAGCAAAACCAAAGACACAAACUUGCCGAAGACUACUCCCAGCAGUUCUUUUCAGAUUUGCAACAAUGGGAAGUUGAUGUCCAAAAAUCAGAGGAACAGGAAGAAAAGAUGACUAAUUUGUUUCGACAGCAGCAAAAAGUCUUUCAACAGGCCCGAAUUGUUCAGAGCCAGAAGCUGAAAACCAUUAAGCAGAUGUACGAGCAGUUUCUAAAGAAUAUGGAAGAUAUGGAAAAGAAUCAGGAAACUUUUCUAAUGGGAGCACAGUCAGAACUUCGAAAGGAAAUGGCUAUGUUGCAAAAAAAAAUCAUGAUGGACACACAACAGCAGGAAAUGGCAACAGUUCGCAAAUCUCUUCAGUCGAUGUUAUUCUGAGAUGGUUUCAGCAAUUUAACCUUCAAAUGUUUAUUGUAUUUAAACUUUCUUUUAUUGUUAAUAAAAUUUGACACUAGCAUUAGUUGCCAAUAGAUUGUGUUUCAUAUUAAAAAAAGUAUUAAAAAUAUAUACAUUUGUUUAUUUAAAACUUAGCAAUGUCAAGUUUAAACAUGAAAUAUACCUUAUAUCAGUAUAUGUUUAAAUGUACCUAGACCUUUAUAACACAUUUAAAUGUUAGUAUUACUAUGUAUUAAAAGUAUUUUAUUGUAUAAGGUCUUUCGCAGUGUGAAAUAUUAUUUUGCUAAGCAGACAAUACAGUUUCAAAGUUUGACAUUUUCUUGUAAAGAGUCUUCUUUCAUGUGUUGGUCAUCUGAAAUAAUCUCAUCAUGUGGGCGUCUGUUCAUUCGUGGUGUUUUUAUCCUCUCAAAAUUCGAAGAUUCGUGUGAAAUGUGCACAGAGGAUUCCUUCUGCAGAGGGCAAGUGUCCCAUGGGGAUUUACCCUCACCCAAGCAUCACAGCUUUCUCCUUCAAUGGAUGCCUGGAUCUCCUCCAACAGGCAAUCAGCUACUUGAUGAAUAAAUCCUGUAACGAACAUGUCACUUACACCCCCCACCACAGCUGUAAAUACAAAAAAGAGAGAUCAGUAAAAUCAAAAUAUAAAUAACCCUGACUUGCUGUACAUCCUAAGUUUGAACAAACAGACAGACAGAGGCCUCCUUCGCUGCACUCAAUAACUUGUGCUAAUGAAGGUCCUUGGCGAGUUUCAGUACAAUUGGUCAAAUUGUUAUCUUGAUCUAGGCAAAAUAGUAAAAGGUGAAAUGUAUUUAACAAGCUAGAUUUAGAUGUAUGUUUUCAUGCGCUUUAUUUUAGCUUUUGUUUUUUAGUUCAACAGUGAGGUAAGCAGUCCUAACACCCAAGCCAAUAGCAAAUAAUGGUUGUCAGGGAAUUUUCUUGAAGGUCUAAAUGCCUUCUUUGCUUCUACUGAUUACCCUUGUAGCUUGACCUCAAGCAACCUUGAAGUGGAAAAUCCUUUAUAUUUUGCCUACCUAAAUUCUAUGUCAUGUUAAAAUUUUUACCUAUCAAGACUAAUGACAAGAGGGAAGGCAGUCCAUACCAUUGGUGCUUGUUGCUCAGCUCUAAUCAGGGAAGCCUAGCACAAUCCCCAUUGGCUCAUAUUAAGCGUUUGCACUUUAGCUGGAUCAUUUUGUAAACCUGCAAACAGCAUCAGGAGCUGUGGGGAUGUGUCUGUCAUAAGAAUGAUGACUUCACCAUAUACACUGAUAAAAUCAGAUAUGCAUUGUGCCAACAAAAAAGAUGGUGGUGGUUCUGUGCAUGGACAAUGGUAACACAGUAAUAGGACACAUGACAUGUUUUGGAUAUUUCUUUACAAGCAAUAAUGACAUUUCACAGCUAUUUUUAAGAGUUGUUUUAUGACAUGGUAGUUUGCCAGUGUUUCCAUGACAACUCAAUCUUUUGCAUUGGCUGGACCUGAACCCCAGUGAGCCACUGGGAAGAGCUAGAACAGUGUACCAGGCUUAGGCCUCCACCCCCUAAAAAAAUCUAGCUUAAAAUCCAGUACUUUAUGAGGAAUGGGAGCAUAACUAGAAAAAAAAACCUUGACUUAAAUACAUCCAUUAUUUAAAGAAAAAUCACCCAAUAGUCAGUACAUAAUAGACAAUGCCUCAUCUAUAAUAAAAAAAGACAGCAGCAUAGUGAUGAGACACUACCCUGUUCUUAAAUGCAUACAGUACAGUGUGUACCAGAUUUCCCUGAGUCACACCCGCUCCAGAAGGCAUGCUUUGUAACAAAGAGCCACUGUGAUCAUUUCUAUUACACAAUUACCAGUUUCUGACCUUGAAAUGUAUUUUGUUAUUGUUUUCUCUAUUUUUUAAGAAAUCUGUCAGUUUUACAAUCCCUGUGUCAUUUGAUUGUGAACUGUAGCUGGCUUUUUUUUUUUUUUUUUUUUUUUUUGUGGGCACAGACAAGCAUGCCAGUACAGAUUUUACCACAAAGUAUCUUUGUACUAUCAAGUUAUUCCGUACACUAGGACAUUAUGCUGCCUCAUCAGUGCUUUGUUCUCUUGUGACACUUCUAAUUUGACUUGCUUUCUGAUAGGCUACAGUAAGAAAUAAGAUUAUAAUCACUAUGGUAGCACCCACAAGUAUUUUUCAAAAUAAACAAACUAAACUAUUUUCUAAUAAUUCCACAGGUUAGAGCAGCUGAUACGAGUUAGGUCAGUACUUGUGCUACAACGCUGCAACUGGAGUUGUGUUUAGGCUUAAAAGAAGGUAACAACUUUCUUUUGAACUGAAAACUACUACCAGCAGGCUGUCUAUGUGAACAAGGUACUUAUGUCUAAUACAUUUUAAAUAUUUAAAUCUAGUAGAAAGCUGUCUAAAAAUCCAUGCAGAUGUACAGUCAUUGUGGAAAAACACCUUCCUCCCAAUCCCCUUUUCAUUGGAUUUCGUUUCAAGAGCGACUGCGCCAUGAACCAAAAAGCUUAUUUGCACAUUUUUUUACAUUUUAGAAACAAAGAUAAAAAUAAAUAAACAAACAAAACUGGUGAUGUUGAUGUAACAGUAUGUGUUCCUAGGUUGAAUAGUUGGUAACAUGACCUGUUUGUUUUUCCUGAACAAAAGCUUUGUAAAUCUGAAAAACUUUUUUCUGUUGAAUCUAUAACAGCUUCUGUACAGUAUGUGUACUGAGAAAAGUUACCAUGCAGUUCUUUUAUGUUUUGCAGUUAAAAUAGAUAACCAUUUUUCUAGUAUUCUGGAUGUUUUUAGUUUUAGAAUAGGGAAUUAUGAAAAAGAAAAGAAUAAGGAAUAUGUUGCAGGAAAAAAAUAACAAUACUGGGUACAAAAGGGAAAAUAGUUU